CGCGCGCCUCCGGGCCCCGGGGACAGAAAGUGUGCGGGCCCGGCCCUCCCUGGAAAAAGUUGGAAGGAGGGAGUGAAAUCCCCGGACGGUCCUCUCUGGGUCCAGGCUGUGGGUCCCCUGGCUGGACGCCAUUGUUCUGACGUCUGCACCCCUUCAGGACAGAUUGAUUCCCUUUGGAGCUAUAAGUACUGAUGUAUUAGGGUCAGCGCUCAUUGUUCAUUGAAGCAGAGUCCCAAAAUGAAUAUCCAGGAGCAGGGUUUCCCCUUGGACCUCGGAGCAAGUUUCACCGAAGAUGCCCCCCGACCCCCAGUGCCUGGUGAGGAGGGAGACUUGGUGUCCACAGACCCGAGGCCUGUCAGCCACAGUUUCUGCCCUGGGAAAGGUGUCGGCAUUAAAGGCGAUACCUCCACAGCUACCCCAAGGCGCUCAGAUCUGGAUCUGGGGUAUGAGCCUGAGGGCAGCGCCUCCCCCACCCCACCAUACUUGAGGUGGGCAGAGUCACUGCACUCCUUACUGGAUGAUCAGGAUGGGAUCAGCCUGUUCAGGACUUUCCUGAAGCAGGAGGGCUGUGCUGACCUGCUGGACUUCUGGUUUGCCUGUACUGGCUUUAGGAAGCUUGAGCCCUGCGAUGCAAAUGAGGAAAAAAGGCUAAAAUUGGCCAGAGCCAUCUACCGGAAGUACAUCCUGGACAGCAGUGGCAUCGUCUCACGGCAAGCUAAACCAGCCACUAAGAGCUUCAUAAAGGACUGCGUUAUGAAGCAGCACAUUGAUCCUGCCAUGUUUGACCAGGCCCAGACAGAAAUCCAGUCUACCAUGGAGGAGAAUACUUAUCCAUCCUUCCUCAAGUCUGACAUUUACUUGGAAUACACAAGGGCAGGCUCAGAGAGCCCGAAGGUCUGCAGUGACCAGAGCUCAGGGUCAGGGACAGGGAAGGGCAUAUCUGGAUACCUGCCCACACUGAAUGAAGAUGAGGAAUGGAAAUGUGACCAAGAUGCAGAUGAGGAUGAUGGCAGAGACUCUGCUCCUCCCAGUAGGCUCACCCAGAAGCUGCUCCUGGAGACAGCUGCUCCAAGGACCUCAAGUAGACGGUACAGCGAAGGCAAAGAGUUCAGGUAUGGAUCCUGGCGGGAGCCAGUCAACCCCUACUAUGUCAACUCUGGUUAUGCCUUGGCCCCAGCUACCAGCACCAAUGACAGUGAGCAGCAGAGCCUGUCCAGUGACGCCGACACCCUGUCCCUCACAGACAGCAGUGUGGAUGGGGUCCCCCCGUACAGGACCCGCAAGCAGCACCGGAGGGAGGUGCAGGAGAGCGUCCAGGUCAACGGGAGGGUGCCUCUGCCUCACAUCCCCCGCACUUACCGAAUGCCAAAGGAGAUUCGUGUGGAGCCACAGAAAUUUGCUGAAGAGCUCAUCCAUCGCUUAGAGGCUGUCCAGCGCACGCGGGAGGCUGAGGAGAGGCUGGAGGAGCGGCUAAAGCGUGUUAGAAUGGAGGAGGAAGGCGAGGACGGAGACCUGCCCUCUGGGCCCCCCGGGGCCGGUCAUAAGCUGCCUUCUGCCCCAGCCUGGCACCACUGCCCUCCCCGCUACGUGGACAUGGGCUGUGCCGGGCUGCGCGACGCCCAUGAGGAGAACCCUGAGAGCAUCCUUGAUGAGCAUGUGCAGCGGGUCAUGAGGACACCUGGCUGCCAGUCACCGGGGCCAGGCCACCGGUCCCCUGACAGUGGGCACACAGCUAAGCUGGCACUGCUAGGGGGCGUGGCCUCAGGGCACGGGAAGCACGUGUCCAAGUCCGGGACAAAGUUGGAGUCUGCCGGCCUGCACCACCACAGGCAUGUCCACCACCACGUUCACCAUGGUGUGUCCAGGCCUAAGGACCAGGCAGAGGUGGAGGCCACCCGCAGGGUCCAGAGCAGCUUCACCUGGGGCCCGGAGUCACACAGCCACGCCAAGCCCCGCAGCUACUCCGAGACCACAGCUGCCACCCCCAGUUCCGGGGACCUGGCCUUCAGCGGGAAGGCAGGCACGUCCUCCAAAAGAAGUGCCAAGAAGACAGACUCUGGGAAAAACAGCAGUUCUGAGGUGCCAGGCUCCACAGAAGAUGUGGAAAAGAACCAGAAGAUCAUGCAGUGGAUAAUUGAGGGGGAGAAGGAGAUCAGUAGGCACCGAAAGGCCGGCCAUGGGUCUUCUGGGACCAGGAAGCAGCAGGCCCAUGAGAGCUCCAGGCCCUUGUCCAUUGAACGACCCGGGGCCGUGCACCCCUGGGUGAGUGCUCAACUGCGGAACUCCGUUCAGCCCUCUCACCUCUUCAUUCAAGACCCCACAAUGCCCCCCAACCCAGCCCCCAACCCCCUGACACAGCUGGAGGAGGCCCGCAGGCGUCUAGAGGAGGAGGAGAAGAGAUCCAGCAAGCUGCCCUCCAAGCAGAGGUAUGUGCAGGCGGUCAUGCAGCGGGGACGCGCCUGUGUCAGGCCAGUGUGCACGCCGGUGCUGAGCGUGGUGCCAGCCGUGUCGGACUUGGAGCUCUCCGAGACAGAGGUGAAAUCACAGAGGAAGGCAGGCGGCGGCAGUGCCCAGCCCUGUGACAGCAUCGUUGUGGCCUACUACUUCUGCGGUGAGCCCAUCCCCUACCGGACCCUCGUGAGGGGCCGUGCCGUCACCCUCGGCCAGUUCAAGGAGCUGCUGACCAAGAAGGGGAGCUACAGAUACUAUUUCAAGAAAGUGAGUGACGAGUUUGACUGUGGGGUGGUGUUUGAGGAGGUGCGGGAAGAUGAAGCCAUCCUGCCCAUCUUUGAGGAGAAGAUCAUUGGCAAGGUGGAGAAGGUGGACUGAGCAGCAGCUGCAGACACAGACACACCACCACUGUGCAUCACACUCAGAGCCAUGUGACCGUCUCGCACUCAGGAGCUUGUGUGUGGGGACAGCGCGGGGUCGUGUCCGGGGAAGGUGUACCACCCACACCCUGCUCCUCCGGGGUGGGUGGGCCAGGGUCCCUCUGGGCUUCUCUGGCCAUUGACGAGGGCUCACCCCCAUAGCAAUACUAUAGCUUCCUCCCCAGCAGGGCAGCCACCCCAGUGACCCCCGGCAGCCCCGUGCUGCUGAGCCCAAGGCCCACCCACGGAUGCCUCUCGCUUUGGCCCGCGUGCCAGGUCCACCUCUCCCUCUGGGACACUGACAGACCUGACGGGUCCGGGCCUGUAAGUUGUACACGUCACUGAGUGCCUUCAACACAGCUGUACCCUGCCUGCCACUGUGUGAAUCCGGCGGUAGGUGCCAUAGGCCCUCCUCUGCCUACCGCCAGCCACUGGCUGGCCAGGUCAGCCUGGCCCCUCCUCUGUAAGGGCCCGUGUAAAUAGUGUACAUUUCUCAGGCCAGGGCCGGCAGGGGCGGCCUCAAGCCCGUUUUUCAUGCAAUGACUUGUACAAUUAUCUUUUCAAAGGUACUUGGAUAAUUAUGAAAUAAAAGUCUUUGAACCUCC